CUGAGGCGCAUAUUGGCGCACGCGCGUGUGUGCGCAGGUACGUCAGAAAACACACAUCAGUCUCCCGUCACCAACACACUGCCAUACAUUCACCCAACACCGAGCCAUGGACUCAGACGAGGGCUACAAUUACGAUAUUGAGGAUGAAGAUGAAGAGGACGAAGAGGAUGAGGAGUGUAGCGUGGACAGCGGUGAGGUAGAGGCCGAAGACGACGACCUGGUCGAGGUGGAGCUGCUGGACCCCGCGGUGGCCGGAGGAGAGCCCGACGAGUGCGGCGACACCGGCGGCCUGGGGCCCGGUCAUGAGGACGAGGACUACCGCUUUGAGGUGCUGACAACCGAGCAGAUCCUCCAGCACAUGGUCGAGUGCAUCAGGGAGGUAAACGAGGUCAUACAGAAUCCAGCUACAAUAACUAGAAUACUUCUUAGUCACUUCAACUGGGACAAAGAGAAGCUUAUGGAAAGGUACUUUGAUGGAAACCUGGAUAAGUUGUUUUCAGAGUGCCAUGUGAUAAAUCCCAGUAAAAAGCCCAAGAUGCGACAGAUAAGCACACGCUCUUCCAGUCAAGAUAUGCACUGUCAGAUCUGCUAUCUCAACUUCCCAAACUCGUUUUUCACAGGUCUAGAAUGUGGACACAAAUUCUGCAUGCAGUGUUGGGGCGACUAUUUAACCACCAAAAUCAUUGAGGAAGGGAUGGGACAGACUAUAUCGUGUCCCGCUCACAGCUGUGAUAUAUUGGUUGACGAUAACACUGUAAUGCGAUUGAUCACAGAUUCAAAAGUCAAGUUGAAGUAUCAACAUUUAAUCACAAAUAGUUUUGUAGAGUGUAACAGAUUGUUGAGAUGGUGUCCUGCUCCUGACUGCCACCAUGUGGUCAAAGUUCAGUAUCCUGAUGCCAAACCAGUUCGCUGCAAAUGCGGGAGACAGUUUUGCUUCAAUUGUGCAGAAAACUGGCAUGACCCUGUGAAGUGCAAGUGGUUGAGGAAGUGGAUAAAGAAGUGCGAUGAUGACAGUGAAACCUCAAACUGGAUUGCAGCAAAUACCAAGGAAUGUCCCAAAUGUCACGUGACCAUUGAAAAGGAUGGAGGCUGUAAUCACAUGGUGUGUCGAAACCAAAAUUGUAAAGCAGAGUUCUGCUGGGUCUGUCUCGGCCCUUGGGAGCCUCAUGGCUCUGCUUGGUAUAAUUGCAAUCGUUACAAUGAAGAUGAUGCAAAGGCAGCCAGAGAUGCUCAAGAGCGUUCCCGCGCAGCCCUGCAGCGCUACCUCUUCUACUGCAACCGCUACAUGAACCACAUGCAGAGCCUGCGCUUCGAGCACAAGCUGUACGCGCAGGUCAAACAGAAGAUGGAGGAGAUGCAGCAGCACAACAUGUCGUGGAUCGAGGUGCAGUUUCUGAAGAAGGCCGUGGACGUGCUUUGUCAGUGUCGCUCCACGCUCAUGUUCACAUACGUCUUUGCCUUCUACCUCAAAAAGAACAACCAGUCCAUCAUCUUUGAGAACAAUCAGGCUGACUUGGAGAACGUUACAGAGGUGCUCUCGGGUUAUCUAGAGCGAGAUAUCUCCCAGGAUUCUUUGCAAGAUAUCAAACAGAAAGUUCAGGAUAAGUAUAGAUACUGCGAGAAUCGGAGACGAGUCCUUCUCCAGCACGUUCACGAGGGCUACGAGAAAGACUUAUGGGAGUAUAUCGAAGACUGAACAGGACUUAACAUGAAAACAGUGGUCCUCGAUCGCAGCUCUGGUGUCGGCCAUCACCACAGACCCUCCUUCACACGCCCACCCUUUACGUCACAUCUGGAUUUUGUCAUUAUUUCGAGCUUAAGUUAAUUUUACUGAAAUAAAAAGGUAGAAUAUACAAAUAAA